AUGCGAGAAGUCAUUGAAGAAUCAGAGAAGGUAACAAAGAACAAACUCCAGGAUGCCCGCAAGGAAAGUUUGGAAGCAUACAUCAGCCGGCUCGACGAAUUUGAAGGGCAAGAUGAGGCACAACAGGGCAAGACCCAAGACACUGCCAUCAUAAAAGACGAUGUUGUCGUGAUCAGUGAUGACUCCGACGAGGUGGACAGCCAGGACGAGGUGGAAGAAGACGAGAAUGGCAUGGUCCCCCAGAACUACGGAGUUCCCGGCGUGGACCCCGAGGUAAAAGUCGACAACACAGACCCAAUUGCAGAAGAGGAUGAGCCCCCACUUGAGCCAUUCGGUCGCAGCGCCUUCGGCUUGGAGUUCGACAUGACCAAGGAGCUUGAAUACCUCGAAAGGCUCAAGGAGCUUGACAUUGCCGCAUGCAUUCAAUGCAAGAUCACGCCCCCAGUGGUCCCAGUCAAGGGACGGCCAUUCCAAGCUUUCAACGGCGAUGAAACGGACGAAGAGCUCGGAAACGAUGCCAAUGUGCCGCAAGACAACACCAACGAAAAGGAAUAUGUAAGAGGUUUCGACCACACUGGAUUCCAGCACACCGAAGACGACAAAAGGAACAAGAAACCGAUCAGGUUCUUGCAAAUCAGCGACAAGAAGCCCAACAUGCCUGUAACUCCCAGCGCCAAGAUGACAGCGCUCAAAGAGACUGUCUUGAGAUGGCAAGCGGAAGCCCCCGACGACAAGAUCAUCAUCUUCAGUCAGUUCAACGUCGUCAUGAAGAUCAUCGGUCGCAUACUGGAGUCGGAAGGCAUCUGCUUUGCCUACCUCAGCGGCAAGCAGAACACUGAGCAGCGCAACAAGGCCGUCGACGAGUUUCAGAACGGAGAAGAGGUCAAGGUCCUGAUUGUUUCUCUGCGCGCCGGAGGGCAGUGUCUCAACCUCACGCGGGGAAACCGAGUCAUCCUUAUCGAGCUCUGGUGGAACCAUGCGGUCGAGCAGCAGGCCUUUUCCCGUGUCUUCCGUAUUGGCCAAAUCAAAGAGACUCACUUUGUGCGCUUCAUCGUCAAUACGCCCAUUGAGCGCCGCAUGUUUCAAAUGCAGGUCGGCAAGAUCCUCGAUAUCGAUGCUAUCCUUCAGGACGACAAAACAAGAGAGCACUUUUAUGAUCUUCCGGCUUACAUGGGUUGA